AUGUCACUUAGCAUUCUGAUUUCAAAUUCAUACUCAAUUUAUGCUUACUUUGAAGACUACUACACCGUAGUCUGUGCAAAACUUAUGGAGAAAUAUAGAAAUAUGAAUAAAAGUUGA